CCAAACYAGGUAACAUCCUGGUCAUAAUGCAAAUCCAGACCAGGACAUUUUCCAGGAACGGACCAGAGCUCGUCUGGUGAAGUUUAACUGCGUUUGGCGCUGAAAACUUUUGUUUUUCCUCUGGAGACUUUGACUCUGUCGACAUGUUGCCGUCUGUGUUGCUGCUGCUGCUCAUCAGUGGAGCUCAGGCUGCUUAUUAUGGGAUAGUCUUUACCUACUCCGUUGGAAACGGUGGAUACCUGGCAGUAAAAGACUUUAAGGCGAGCUUCAGCUCAUGUGACGAGUUCGACUCUCGGGUUUGUUAUGGAGACUGCAGCGGGAUGCCAGUUUAUGCAGGUGAUGAAGUCAGAGGUGAAUGGUGUCAGAAGGGAUACACCUGGAGUUACUACCCUUCAUAUCUGGGUGAAAACAAUGGAGAGUUUGAUGCUACAAACUGGAUAGAAAACAGAAAUGGGAUCGAAACGUCAAAAGCAGUUUUGCACUUUGACUACAGAAAACGCUCCGACAUCAACAAACCAAACUCAUCGCCCCAAACCGYCGUCGUCCCCACAUUCAGAGUUCCUUCAAACUGUCAGAGAAACAUCAACUUGUUGGUCUCUGACCCGGAUGGAGACGUUGUUAGAUGCAGAUAUGCAGCUGGAUCAGAGUGURACAUCUGCACUCCUCCAUCUGUCCUCAACGUUUCAUCAUCUUGUUCUCUCUCAUUCAGUCCCGCUAAMAGCAGYGAUGAAGGUCCGUAUGCRGUUCAGAUGAUGGUGGAGGAUUUUCCCAGACAGAACGUCACUCUGACYGACAGCAGUGGUUUACAGUCGGUGAAAACUGUCAACAGCGCCAUCAGCAGAAUCCCUGUCCAGUUUGUUUUCAGAGUGGAUCCUGCAGCUCCGUCCUGCACAGCAGGUGAAUAUCUGCCCAGGUUUCUGCCUCCAACUCCUGAACAUGGAGCUCAGAUCUACACCAACGUCAACCAGGCUCCAACCUACAACAACAACUACAACUACACUCACAACUACAACUAG